UCGGAUUUUCGUCUCGUUCUCUGUGUUGUUGUUCUCGGUGACGCGACGGAGGUGUAGCCUGACGCGGUCUCUUACGUGUCGGCCUGAAUAAAACUGGAGCUCCGAAGGCUCGAGAGUGACGGAGAGAGUCUGUAUCGAUUUUCCCCGAGCGAGGAUUCGCAAGAGUUAGAAGACGGUGUGAAGAUUCUCUCCAAGUGUCCCAUUUAUAGCUUACUCAAUGACCAUGGAGUCGGGAACCGAUGCCCAGCAGGGUGCAGACACUGCUGUUUCUGAAAAUGAAACCCAACAGAUCACCCAGGCCCAACUCGCCACUCUUGCACAGGUGACAAUGGCUGCAGGAGGACACGGUACCGCCACGGGGCCAACUGUCACGCUUGUGCAGCUGCCCAAUGGUCAGACGGUGCAGGUGCACGGAGUUAUCCAGGCAGCUCAACCUUCAGUCAUUCAGUCACCACAUGUGCAAACUGUCCAGAUUUCUACAGUAGCAGAGAGUGAGGACUCACAAGAGUCUGUGGACAGUGUGACCGACUCUCAAAAACGGAGAGAGAUUCUUUCUAGACGCCCCUCUUAUAGGAAAAUCCUGAAUGACCUGUCAUCAGACGCUCCUGGAGUUCCGAGAAUCGAAGAGGAGAAAUCUGAGGAGGACAGUGCACCUGCCAUCACAACAGUGACCAUGCCAACCCCAAUUUAUCAGACCAGCAGCGGCCAGUACAUCGCUAUUACGCAAGGUGGAGCUAUUCAACUGGCCAAUAACGGCACAGAUGGAAUGCAGGGGCUGCAGACCCUCACAAUGACAAAUGCAGGAGGUGCCCAGCAGGGCACUACCAUCCUGCAAUACGCCCAGACCAGUGAUGGUCAACAGAUUCUUGUGCCAAGCAAUCAAGUGGUUGUACAAGCUGCUUCUGGAGAUGUUCAGGCCUAUCAAAUCCGUACUGCCCCCACCAGCACUAUUGCCUCAGGUGUGGUCAUGGCAUCCUCCCCCUCCCUCCCAAGCCAAGGAGGCACUGAAGAGGUCACACGAAAAAGGGAAGUCCGCCUUAUGAAGAACAGAGAAGCUGCGCGUGAGUGCCGUCGGAAGAAGAAGGAAUAUGUCAAGUGUUUGGAGAACCGUGUGGCUGUUUUGGAGAACCAGAACAAAACGCUCAUAGAGGAACUCAAAGCGCUGAAAGACCUGUACUGUCACAAAUCGGAGUGACACGGCACCCAUUCUCUACUCAUUCUGUCGGAUUUACUCGUACAGGGACUAACGGUUGAGUGACCCAGAGACGGGCGCAUGUUUUUUAAAUGUUUCCUUUUUUAUUGCUGCAGACUGCCUGUUGGAACACACAAGAACAUGAGGGUACAGAACAGAAACCUCCUGGCCAAAAAAAUCUUUUGAAUUAUUGGAUCAUGUCAUUAAAGAAAAAAAAAACGAUGGAAAAACUUUACUGUUGACAUCAACAAAGUAGAACAUUCUCAACCAUCUUCACUACUGGACUCAAACGUAGGAGGGAUUUGUGGGAAUUAUUAGGUUUUUUUCAGUGUGCUGGUGUAUAAGUGGUUGACACAUUUUAAAAAGAGAUAUAAAUGAUGAUAAAGAACAAUUUAAAUGACAUCUCUGUAGAGCAGUAGAAAUCAUCUCUUAGCUGAGAAAUGGAGUUGACAACAUUCCCUCUUGAGAUUUAAAAAGUUGAAUGUGUCUGACUGUUACGCUUAUUUUGUGUAUAGUGCUCUUAUGUUUUAAGUUCAUGUUUUUACCUUUAAAUAUCAUCUAGCUUUCAGAAGUACAAUAUAUGAAAGUAUAACUGAUUUAAAGAGUCUAUGCCAUUUAUAAACUGAAAUAUUAAUGUGUACACAGAACAGGAUUAUUACCCGCAAAAAUUUCAUAUUUUUUCAUCCUCGGUGAGGUAAAAAUUGUAAUUAAUUUUAGUGUUUACGAUUUUGCUAUUAGUAGUAGCAACAAAUGCACAAGCAAAAAACAAUUGUUUUGGACAUUCGGUCACUUACUUAAGUAAAAUCAUAGGAACUGGCAAUUUUGUGUAACAUGUAUCAAGUUAAGAUGAUUCUUUACACAUGUUGGCAUAUUACUUAUGUUAUGCUUUGUAUAUCCUAGACCUAUUGGAUUUAAUACUGCAUUCUGUCUCUGGCAUUAUUAGGCUAAAGCAUGUUUUGUAAAUGUUAUAUUAUUGACUUUGGUAUCAUAAUAUGGUAAAUUUUCUAUUGCAUCACUACGUACAUGGAGACAAUGUCUUCAUGUGAUUACACUAGUAGAAAGUAAAACAUUAUCAGUCUUUUAUGGCAUAUGCAUUUUGGCAGCUAUUUCAUAAAAAAGAUGUGUAAAAUGUG